AGCUCUCACUGGCCCCAGGCUCCACAGGGGCUGUCCCACGCUCCCCUCUGAUGCCCUCUGUGUGCAGGGGGAGCAGCCAGGGGGCUGCAUCAGGCAGGGGGGAGGACAGGUCCGCGGGGUGCCCGUGUGGGCGCAGACCCAGCCAAAACCCCAAGGACCGAAGACAAAAGCUGCGGCAGGACGCGCUGCAGCCCCGUGCCAACAACAGGCUGUCCCUGGGCUGGUUUGCAAGGGGGCAGGGGAGAGGCUCAGUGGUGCCGCGGGGAGCGCAGGAAUGAUUUGUGGGCACUGUUUGUGCAGGCGUGUGCCUACAAGCUCAGCGCAGCUCCUUGCUGCUCUCCAGCUCUGGUUCCUCCCAGAGCCACCAGAUGCCCGUGAUAAAAGCAGAAGUGAGCAGCGUUUGGACACGCAGCGCCUGCUCCUUCAGGCUCCUUCCGUAACGCUGCCGUAAGACGCGGCCCAGGGCAGUGCCUGCAGUGAGACGCCUCCAGCACGCCCCAGCUGCCGACAGAGCUGGAGACACGGGACCGGGGCAGGCAACCACCACACUCCUGCCCAGGACCCAGCCUGGAAAGGGACGCACCGUGGGGCUGAGUCCCCCGCCCGUGCCUCCCCAGGCUUGGCUGCAGCCUCAGCCACUGGCACAGCGCCGUGAGCCCCAGAUCCGGCCCCACCACCAGCACUGAUUUACCGAGCCCUGCAGGGCUGGGCAGGUCCAAGGUCGGUGUGGGCCUGACCCAGUGCUUGCAGCUGCAGCAGUGCCUACUCCCGCUCAUCCCCCGAGCGUCUCCGCUCCGCUCGCUGAGCCCUGAACUCCUGCCCGGGAUGGGGCCGUGGCUGUGGCUGGUGGCGGUGCUGGCGGGGCUGUUGUGGCUGCGGCGCUGGCACCGGGAGCGUCAGACGGUGCCCGGCCUCUCGGAGAAGUUCGUGCUGAUCACGGGCUGCGACUCGGGCUUCGGCAGCCUGCUGGCACGGCAGCUGGACGCGCGGGGGCUGCGGGUGCUGGCGGGCUGCCUGACGGAGCCGGGGGCUGCCAGGCUGCGGGCGGCCACCUCGCAGCGCCUGCAGACCGUCCUCCUGGACGUCACCUCCAGCGCCAGCAUCGCCGCCGCCACCGCCUGGGUGCGGGAGCGCGUGGGUGACCGAGGGCUCUGGGGGCUGGUGAACAACGCCGGGAUCGCUGUCCCCACUGCCCCCAACGAGUGGCUGCGCAAGGACGACUUCGUCAAGGUGCUGGAUGUCAACCUGGUCGGCCUCAUCGAGGUGACGCUGAGCUUCCUGCCCCUGGUGCGCAGAGCCCGGGGCCGGGUGGUCAACGUGGCGAGCGUGAUGGGCCGGGUCGCCUUCUUCGGCGGGGGGUACUGCCCCUCCAAGUACGGCGUGGAGGCCUUCUCCGACAGCCUCCGGCUUGAGAUGCGCCACUUCGGGGUGAAGGUCAGCAUCAUCGAGCCAGGCUACUUCAAGACAGCAAUCACCAGCGCCGAGAGCCUGGAGAAGUGUUUUCUUAGCACCUGGGAGAAGGUCUCGGAUGAAACGAAAGCAGGCUAUGGGGAGAAUUACCUGAAGGGCUUUCUGGAAGGAGCCAAGAAGAUGCACAAGAGGUGCAACUCCAACCUCUCGCUGGUCACGGACUGCAUGGAGCACGCGCUGACCAGCCGCUACCCGCGCGCCCGCUACUCGGCCGGCUGGGAUGCCAAGCUGCUCUACAUCCCCCUCAGCUACCUGCCCUCCGCCAUCGCCGAUGUGAUCCUGACCUGGUCCUACCCCAAACCUGACCAGAAAGCCUGAGGUCGCUGCAGGCAGCAGCAGCCAGGGGCUGAGAUCUGGCAUCGCCCCGCAGCUGAAGCCGUACGGAGAAGUUCCUAAAUUCCUAGCUCGGCAUACAUCCUGCAACUCGCUGUCACCUGCUAGCAAACAGGUUUGCUGCUGAAUAAAGACAAUAUUCUCUUCCCUUCA